AUGAGAGAGUUGUACCUAUCGUCUAGCAUGUUGGCUAGCGAAACAGGUAUUGCAUACGAAGUAAGUGACAGUUAUAGCUCAAGAAGGCAUGGAUCUGAAGAUAAUGGGAAAAUCCAGUAUGUGAUUUCGAUGGCGCAUUCGCAAGGGUUCGACUGGAAUCAGGACUUUUUUGCUACCCGGUACGAGCAAAUGUGCCAGGUGGUUUACGAUGGGCAUGUCGAUAGUGUUGAGUCGGUAAUAGAGGAAUUAAGGAGCCGUGGCUGUUUGGAUGAAGAAGAGAGCUCGAGCGAUGCUGAUGGUGGUAUGAGCGAGAGUCCUGUUGAUGUGCUUUCUAUUCAAAAGUACAGGCGAAUUAGUGAUGCUUUUAUCAGGCCAAGACGGAAGUCCGAUAGAAGUAUAUCAUUUUCGGCGGACAGAGAACAAGGGAACUUCAAGCGGGCUGAAGUGAUUGUCAUUGAUGUGGAGUCUGACACGCCGGAAAACAGGGUGUUGAAGAGUCUUGUGAAGUCGUAG